AACACACCACGACGCAAUACGUACAAAAAAAAACAUAUAAAUUAUAAAACCAAAAGGAGAGAAAUCAAAGAUGAAAGCCAUAAAGUUUGUAGUGCUUCUCUUGAUAGGAGUUGUGUGUGCCAGUACUGUUGGUGCAAUUAGGCAUCUCCAAGAAGGAUCCAAAGAGACCGAAUUAGGCAUCUCUAUUCCCAACACUGUCACUACCAACGGCGUUGGAACUCAGCUUACUGUUGUUGUUUAUAGUAGCGCUACCGGUUAUGGCAAUAACAGUGCUAGUGCUAGAAAGGGUACCAAAGGUCCCAAAGGUAGUUCAAAUGCAACUGGCAUUGGAACUACUAGCGGAUAUGUCAUCGCGGAUGGUCCCAACGCAAGAGCUUAUUCUAGGAGUAAUGCAUACGGACGAGGCCAAGCUGAUGCUGCAGCGGCUCCCAAUGGUGCCAGAGGCAGUGGAGUUGGUUCGGGAGGUGGCACCACCGUUGCAUAUGGCAGCACCGGGCCUCCACCGUAAGGUGUACAGGCUCAUUGCUCCGGCUAUAUAUAAUUAAUACUCUACAAACCCCAACAAUCUCUUUUGUAUUCAUAAAUAAAACUAGAGAUUGUCACAUAUAGUCAUGAUAAAUGCUACUCUUCGUGUGUGAUGUCUAUUCUUAAAUAAAAAUAAAUGCUAUAGUUACAGCAUUAAUAAUCUUUUUGGAUGUUGUCAGAAAUUACAAAUAAUAAUAAUAAUAUUUUAUCAAA